AUGCCGAUCUUCUACCGUAUCCAGCACACCGGUCUCCCUCCUGAUGGUGUAGGUGACGUCCGUCUGGGGGGAGGGGUCAGCGACAGUCCAAGAGUAGAUGGGGCCUACGUACGUGGUUCAGUUCUGGGAGGCAAACCCGGGAACGUACUGGAAAUCGCAAUUUCUUGGUUCGCUGUACCAUGUAAAACUGUUGUGGGGAAGACAUUGUCUGAUGAAACAGAUUUUGGAGGGGGGGAAUGUGAAUGUGACCACUACUUUAAGGAGGGUAGAGAAAAAGUUGCUGGCUCCCCCUUUAUACCUUUGGCCUCGAGUCACAUGCGGAGCUCGGCCGAUGACGAAUCAUUGACGGGGAUCCGGACGCCACCCAUUGAGCGCAUGCCCUUUACCAAUCGUCCGCUAGGUCCGACGCGGGCAAACCAGAUGACCAUAGUUAUUUCUCCACUCUCAGCCGAGGGGGUUGACCAUCUGAGGAGUACACGUGCGUACAGUGUGACAAGUGCACCCACAAUUCCAUCAGAUCACUUGGGUCGCCUGAUUAUGUCGAAUAGAGUGUUUGAUCUGUUUGACAAGCGUUCAAACCCUACGACAGUCCGAUUAACGGUUCAAAGUGCAACCUCUGGGGACCCAUAUGCUCCACUGAAACGCUUGAAGAGGGGACAGGUGCUGAAACCUCAUGUUCUACUUCUGAUAGGAUCCGAUAACGGCAGUGAUAUUGGUGCCAUUGGUGCUUAUGAGGAUGAAAUUUUCAUCUACGAAGCCGCCAACUUAGUCGAAUAA